AUGGGUUACCUAUACGCAACAAAUAUGUGUGAUUCUGAUUACAAAUGCCUUCUCCAAUUCAAAGAAACAUGUCUGAACGGUGACUGGCUCCCCAGGCCGAAUCCAUUGGUUGCUUGCAAAGCUCUAGACCAGAGUGUUUAUUCUUUUCAACCAGUUGCUCCCUAUUUUCAUGUGUUCCAAACAAUCGACUUGGCUUGUAAUCAGGAGUCAAAGAUAAUGAUCGGACGUCCGAAAGUGUUCUGUAAUGCAACGGCCAUGUGGGAAGUCUUACCGCAGUGUGUUUAUCAAAGUUGCUCAGACCUCACUCAAUUCAUUCCUCCACAUAUGACAUUUGGAGUCGUGAAUCCGUUAGGAAACGGGUUCGAAGCUGGCACUGUAGUUUAUUUCUCAUGUGAUCAUGGUUACAUACUAUCCCCUUUCGUAACUGCUACUAAAUGCGUAGAGGGACCUUCUGGAUACAUAUGGAGUGAAGAUAUACCAACAUGCAUUCCUCCAACAAGUACUGCAGGUUCAACACUUGCCACGACAACUUAUACAACCGGUUCAUCGCCAUUCACAUUUCCAUUUAUUGGAACUACUCUACCAGCAACUCCUUCAACUUCAGUUGCUGGAUCUACUCUAUCAGCAACUUCAUCUUCAGUUGGAUCUACUCUAUCAGCAACUUCAUCUUCAGUUGGAUCUACUCUACCAGCAACUUCAUCUUCAGUUGGAUCAACUCUACCAGCAACUCCUUCAACUUCAGUUGCUGGAUCUACUCUAUCAGCAAAUUCUUUCUCUACAGUUUCUGGAGAACCAUUCGUUGCCUUUGAUGAUGUUGUAAUUGAAGGAAGUAUGACUUUUGAGGAGAAAAAUAUGUUGGAUCAACCGCAAAUUUGGACUCAAACUGGGGAUUGGAUAUGGACACCUUCUGGAUGCAUUGUCCAUCAAUGGACGUUCCCAAUCUCUUUUUUCGUAACUUCUAUCCCAAUCCGUUUGAAUUCAAAUCAAAUUGAACUUCUCAUUGACAUUUCUCAAUGUAACUCAAGUGUUCAAGUCAGUGUCACCUCUUCCUCCGAUGGAUUUAUCCCUCCCAUUUCCGAUUUCCGACCUGUUAUGAAUACAACGUCUUCUGGAAGUUUUGUGGUGAAACUGAGCAAUCUGAAACAGUAUUUAGCAGUGGCUAUCACUGCAAACGGAUAUGUUCAAGUGUGUGGAGUCACCAUAAGAGAGAAUAUUUGUGAUGAAGUGGAUUAUAAUGGAUUGCAUUUAGCAUCAUCCAUACCGUUUUCAAUGAGAAGAUAUCUUCCAGCUACUUGCGGAAGCAGCGGGUAUUGUGAUGGCAGAAGGGGUUGGGUCAUUCAAAACAAACCUUGUAUUUGUCAACCGACACCUCAAUGUGCCACAAUCGCUCCAAUCCGUCAACUCGACACAUUUUCUGAAUGUUCUUUGAACUCGUGUCAAAAUGGAGUUUGCCAACAACAUGAUGGUUACUUUAACUGCCUUUGCAAUCAGUAUUUCAUUAGUGCCGUAACAGACGGAGGAGAACCAUACUGCAAACCAGAUCAUUGCUCAUUUACAAGUGAUUCUCGAAACAGUGGAUAUGAUUGUGAAACGGGAAACAUUAAUAAUAGUAAAACGUGUAAUGAAUCUUACUUCGGAAACUUUUGUCAGUAUAAAGGGACGUUAGCAAAUAACAGUUACAUUUAUUUAUUGGAGUACGAGUCAGAUGAAGCGAUAGCAACGAAUGUUUGUGAAAGUGUGGAUACUGAAUACGCAAUGCAUCAAGUAAACUGUUCAAAUGAACCAACAACAACCCUGUUGCCAAAUAAUCAAGAUCCAUGUACCCUUACCUGUCAUGCUGGAAGUUGUCAGAGAAGUCCUCCGCCGUUCAAUGGAGGUGUUAUUUGUAUGUGUGACACAGAUCAAUACGGUCGACAAUGUACGGUCAGCAAGUUCUGUUACAACGAGUCGGCCAGUAAUCAUUAUACUUGUCUGAAUGGAGGAACAUGUAGUGUGCGCCCUGACAAAAAAUGCUUUUGUCUUUCAAAUUUUGGUGGAGAUUAUUGUGAAACACCCCUUGUUGAGGAUAAUUGUUACGAAGGAGAAAAAGACUGCGUUCAUGGAAGUUGUCGCCGAGAAAAUGAUCGACCCUAUUGUAAUUGUGAUUCUGGUUUCAUAAGGGAUUCUGAUGGAAACUGUACAGUUCUUUGGGACAUGUGUUAUCACAAUAAUCCAUGUCAACAGUAUGGAAGUUGUAUGUUCAAUGUGACAUCGGGAGUGCAGAACUGUAAUUGUACGAGUUCGGGAUGGCAGGGUGACUACUGCGAACUCCCCCCAGUACAAACUGAUUGCUCCGUUUGCCAACAUGUGAACAAAUGUUUCGAUAAUUUCACUUCCAAUGCUAGAUGCCAAUGUUCUCCUGGAUUCAGUGGUGACUUCUGCUCGGAUCCUGUUGAGGAUUGCCUUUUUGAGCCGUGUUUUAAUAGUGGAACAUGCAAUUAUUUCAAUGUGGACAUCGAUGGAGAUUUGAUUGAAACUUAUAAUUGUACAUGUCCGACAGGUUAUAACGGAACAAACUGUGAAACAAGAGUUGUCCCUGAUUGUAAUACAUUCAUAUGUGAAAACGGAGGAACUUGUGAGAUGACUUCUCAUGACACUGCGAGAUGUCAAUGCACUACACAGUUUUAUGGAGAUCACUGUGAGAAGAGUUGUUCACAUGAAUGCGCUCAUUCUUAUGGAUGCACUCAAAAUACUAAUGGAUCGAUUUUGUGUGAUUGUUAUGAUGGAUUUUUACCGCCGUUGUGUGAUAAAGUGGAUGAUGUGUGUAAAGCUAACGUUCUCUUCUGUCAAAAUUCUGGAACUUGCAACUCGACUACCGAAUCGUGUGACUGUCCGAACUACUACGAUGGAACGUAUUGUGAGAAGAAUACGAAUCUCUGUGAAACCAACUCGAUCUUUUGUGAAAACGGCGGAAUUUGUAAUCCCUCAUUUGGAAAUUGCACAUGCUCUCCGAACUUUACUGGUGAUCGAUGCGAGAAUCAGAUUAACACUUGUCGUGAUAUUAACUGUUUUAACGGCGGAACUUGUCUUGAUUACAAUGCCACGUGUCAACCAUGUAUCAUCUACAACCCGGAUGGGUCUACUCAACCGUAUUGUAAAAAUAAUGGAAAUUGCACAAAUCUGGAAAAUGGAGCAUCUUGUGACUGUAAUGGAACUGAAUUUACCGGAAGGAGAUGUGAAAUAAGAGCAAAUUUCAAUUUCAAUUUGGUAUUCAACGGGAUGAAUUAUGCACCCGAAAUUGUUUCCAGACCAUUCUAUGAUGUAUCAAUCGCUCAAUUCACAAUUUGUUCAUUUGUUCAAUACAACCAUCCUGUUGUUGAGUCAACUGGAACACCAGAAUCAACUAUACCAACUCUACUUCCUUGGUUGGUGGUCAAAGGAUACUCUAAAUCACAAAUGAUGGUUUUUGAUAACAAGGGAUUCUUCAUUUGUAAUCCGGAUGAUGCCGAGUGUACUCGAGAAGAAAUAUCGAAGAACAGCAAUUUCAGACAGACUCCAAUUACUGCAAACACGUGGCAUCAUUACUGCAUAGUGAGUCCAGAGGAUCAAACUAGUCCAAGUUACACAGUUUAUCUGGACGGACUCCCGUUCCCCCAACUGGCUCCAUUAUUCAAUCCAGGUACAAUUGGAUAUCUUCAGUUGGCGCCUCCGGAUUUGACAAAACGAACUGAUGAUCGAUUUGUUGGAAUGAUUUCAAUGACUCAGUUGUAUAUCAUAAGAUUGAGUGAAACACAAAUCAACCAACUUGCUUUUGAUUGUUAUACGAUCAUUAGCGAGACGAAUACUGAAAUCGCAAACAACACACUGAUCAGUUGGAAUGGAGGAUUUACACGUGUUUCUUCCUCAAAUCCUGGUGUUUUUAUUGAUCCAUCUGGAAUAUGCAGCAGUGUGAAGUGUAUGUUUGGGCGACAAGCGAAAUCAAACAACUAUAAUUCAACAGGAUCUUGUGCGAAAGAUCGAAUCUCCCCAACUGUUUUGAAAUGUCCGGCGAAUAAAAAUGCAACCACAACGGAGGAUUUCAUUAAGGUCACCUGGUCAGAUGAUGAGAUUUCAUUUUUCGACAACAUCGGAGUGGUUCGAGUUGAAGUGAACUAUCACAACGGACAACAGUUUGGAGUUGGAAUCACGGCUGUCCGUUACAUUGCCUACGACGCCGCUGGUAAUUCAGCUGAAUGCACGUUCGACGUGAUAGUAGUCCAAAAAUCGUGUCCCUCCAAUGAUCAAAUAGUCGUGGAUAAUGGAAGAAUCAGCUUCGGACCGACCAGAAUGGCUCCGUUCACAUCGAAAGUUGUGCUGGUCGAGUGUGACGAUAAUCUGUAUCCGAUUGACAACCGUCCUGGAUUCUAUGUUUGUGAUAUUAUGGGUAACUUCAAUUAUGGUGGAUGGGUGGAUGAUACUCAGAAGAAGUACUACUUACCAGCAUGUGGAAAAACAGUUCCAGCAGUGCAAGAAAUCAAUGGAACAGUUCUUGGAAAUGGGACUUGUAAACAGGUGUUCGAAAAGCUGAGGGAAACGAUCUGGUCGGCAGCCAACUGUAAUCAACAAUCAUCUUGUAGUAUCAUGAUUCUUCCUCCGUGUAAUGAAACAAAUUCCGUCGGAAACACAAGAGAAACCGAAAAUGAUGACUUCGCGUUGCAAUACACAUUCUCAACAAGCAAUGCAACAGAAACGAUCAGCACGAGUGUUUUAAAGGAUCUUCAAGAUAACUUCAGAUUAGUCCGUCAGGAUUCUACAGUAGACUGUGAUCCAUCAUUUCCAAUUCAUGAUACAAGUGGAAAUGUCACGGUUUGUGUAAGCUGUGCUGAUGGAACGUUUGCCAACACGACAGCAAAUGAAUGCACUGAUUGUCCCAUCGACACAUACCGUAACUCAGCAAGUCAUGAUCAGUUUGCCUGUACUUCUUGUCCGGAUAAAAUGAUAACUGGAGAUGUGACAGGAGCAGUUGAUGAGUCACAAUGUUAUCAAAACUGUAUUGCGGGACAAUAUGAAUCAAAAGGAGUGUGUCUCCCAUGUCCGGAAGGUACCUUCGCACCGAGAGAAGGGCUUCGAAGAUGUAUUUGCUGUGGGUUUGAUCUGUCUACUUAUGGAAAUGGCUCAACAAGUUUCGAUGAAUGCCAAAAAACAUGUGAUCCUGGUCAAGAAAUGAUCAGAAGCGAGACAGAAUUUGCUCCAUAUUGUCAAGAUUGUGCUGUUGGAUUCUACAAAGAAGACACUCGAGGUCCUUGUAUUCAGUGUCCACGUGGAUUGAUAACAGCUUCACAUGGAUCGAAAUCAAUAAAUGAUUGUAAUGUUCUUCAUUGCAUUGAUCAAAACACAAGGAGAAAUGGAAACAUAAAAGUGGGACCGAAUACAGUUUACAGUGAAAUGUGUAUCACUUGUGAGCAGGGAACUUUUCAGAACAAACCAAACAGUGAUUCAUGCAUUCAAUGUAGUGAUCUAUCAGAUGAUAUCACUGAUGUUCCAGUCACUUGUCAAUCCACGUGUUCAGCUGAAAUUCCGACGGAAGGAUGUAAUUGUCAGUUACAGAAGAAUGAAACAAACUCGAUGAUUAUCAGAAAUUGUGUUCCGGAAGUGCAACCUGAUCAUAAAAAUUCGAAUGCAAUCAAGAUUAUAUUGCCAAUUGUGUUCGGAGUAUUGUUGAUUAUUAUUGUGGUUGUGUUGUUUUGCUUUAGAAAACAAAUUAUUGCAUGGGUUCGGAAAAGUGAUACAAGUGACAACCAACACGUGGCAGUUUCCCAUUGGAAUCCACAGCGAAUAUCUGAAGAAUAUUCUCCACACUAUACAUCAGAUUCUCAAUCGUCGAUUCGUGCUCGAAUUAAGCCUCCAGCUCCAACAAUUCCUCGACCUAAUUUGAGAAUAGUGACAUCUCGAGAAGAGAUGGAUCAACUUCCACCCCUUCCAUCUUCAUCAACACCUUCAUUCCAUGUUGAUUCAGCAUAUAAUAACAGCAAACAUGUCGGAUUUUCAAGUGGAAUUCCAAGUUCUUCUAGAAAUUUGAGAUCCAAUAUUUCUACGAUUCAACCUCUGAAUUCUUCAAAUAAUAUAUUUUUUGAAGCUAAUGGAUCACCGAAAAUAAUUAGAGAAAGGACAGAUACACUUAGUGAUGACAGUAGUUUGGGUUCAUUCUUCUGA